UUCGGAGAAUACGACUCACAAUGGAAAACUGCUUUUACUGCUUUUACUGCUGAUUCUUUUGGCUGUACCUUGGUCCUUUGAGGCCACCGCCAAGCUUAAGCCAACCAAGGCUGCCAUUAUAGACUUGAAGAACAAAAAUGAAGUAGUACCGUCAAGUAGCAUGCCCAUUGCCAAUGUCACAGCCGUGCACGAGAAGUUGGCAGAAGUCCACAUUGAUCAGCACAAAACCAUUCGCAUUAGCAAAGGAGAUCUGGAUGAUCUAUUGGACGUUUAUAUGGGUAAAAUAGCAGAGAGUGCAGCCACUAUCAAAGACAGAGGAAAUGAAAUAAACAAGCUUCAAACCAAGGAACACACUGACGACGAUCUACUGAAGAGAUUUGAGAAUCUCACAGAAUAUACAGCCAAACUGAAGGAAAAGGCGGAUCAAAUCAAGGAACUCGAGCAGAAGGUCAAGGUUUACCAGACCAGAUUGAAGAGGAAGCACCACUUGUUGACUGAUUUAAGAAAACAGAACACCUCCAGUGCGGCAUUGAUCGAUCAUCUGAGAGCCAAAGUCGUAUAUUUUGAAGGGUUCCUGCCCUUUCUGGUGUCCUGUGAGGGUCUCACGGCCGCCGGUCCUGGAUGGAUGGCUAUUCAGCGUCGACUGGAUGGCUCUGUGAACUUCUAUCGCAACUGGGAUCAGUACAGGAAAGGGUUUGGCAAGCUCAACGGGGAGUUCUUUAUUGGCCUCGAAAAACUGCACCGCCUGACCAGCUCCCAGCCUCAUGAGCUCUACAUAAGCUUCAGGAGAUUCAAUGGAGAGUCAAGCUAUGCUCACUACGAUGACUUUGUUAUUGGCAGCGAGGAGGAAGGCUACGAAUUGAAAUUGCUCGGCUAUCAUCAAGGAAAUUCCAGCGACGCGUUACGCACCCAUGACAAGAUGAAAUUCUCAACCUUCGAUAGGGAUAACGAUGAAUUUACGCAUAUGAAUUGCGCCGAGUAUCACUACGGAGCCUGGUGGUACGACUUCUGUUCGCGAAGCAAUUUGAAUGGCAAGUACUUCAAGGCCGAGGUGGACAAUGUCCAGGGCAUUUUCUGGGAGCAAUGGUAUAGCUUCAGAUCUCUGAGAUCCGUACAGAUGCUAGUCCGUCCAAAGAGCCAAAUGGAGCUGAACGAUUUAUCGAGGACCAAGCGUACAGUACCCCUAAAAAUUCAUUAAAAUGAAUCCCUCCAUCAGCUCAACACACACGAAUGUCCAUUAUUUUUAAUAAUUUACGCGUAUUAUGUUUGUUUCUAG